AUGCAGAGUAAACCAGAAUACAUCGACGACGACCACACCAGCAUCCAUAAAAAACAAAGCGUACAUGCCCCCGUUGAUUAUCAUCCAGCAUCAUCACCUCCUCCGCUUUCCUCAUGUACAACCACAUUAGUACAACGACGCAAGCAACGUGCUUCUCGAUGUUUGAAAUGCUGCAUAUUUCUCAUUUUUCUAGGCGUAGCUGCAGUGUCUGUGGUGUUGCCCCAAGUGUUAAUAGGUCGAGAUUCACCCAACUCACAGCAAGGUCAUGCAUUGGAUUUAACGAUUGUGCCCGAUGCACGCCUAUCACAGUCAUUUUAUGGCAUUGAUUACCGCAUUCAAGAUGAUAGCUCGUUGCAACAAGUGGUGGAUGACGUUAAAGUGCUGAGUCAAAUGACCACCCGUAUCCGAGUGCAAGUAGCUGCCAAUGAAGCUGAUGAUGCUGACAAAACGUCACUUGUGUUGGAGGCUAUUAGCCUAAUCAAUACCACGCAACAGCCAAUGGGUGUCAUGCUUGCAUUAAACGACCCCAUAAGUAAUACACAGCAAUAUGAGGCCUUGUGGAACCUGCUAAAUGAACAUGGCACUGAGAAUGUGAUUGGGGUAUCUGUGAGCAGCAGCAGCAGUGAUGUGAGUGACGAGCAAAUGAGUGCCCUUAUUCAGCAAGUGCAAGAACAAAUGGCGUCGCAUGGAUACCCAUCUCUUCCAGUGACACCAUCCACUAUGUCUAUUCAACAACUUCUUGUUCAACAACAAACGAUCGCCAACAACUCGCAUCCAUUCUUUUCCGGGAUCCGGGCUGAUGAAGCAACCGAUUGGAUGUGGCAGCAUCAUAACCAUUCUCAUAUGCAACCAAGGCCUGUGCAACAAAUAGGAUGGCCAACAGGGCCCGAGGAUCAACCUUUGCAAGAUGCCAUUCCAUCCAUUGAUAACCAACAAAUGCUACUGGAUACAUUUGUUUGUCAAGCAAAUGCACGCGGAGUUCCCUAUUACUGGUUUGAAUUCAAGGAUCAUCCUCCAUCAUCAUUCUCAUCUCGGCAAAAGGUUACUACUUUUUGGGGUUUAAUGGAUGAAGGACGUGCCCCUAAACAUCGGCAUAUGCCUACAUGUCAUGUGGAACCAUGGCAAAGAACCAACACCACCACCAUGAACACUUGA